UUCUGAUUUAAUAAAUGAUGCAGCUUCAGAGGACUCCAGUGCGGGCAACGACAUUCAUGACACUCUACUGGAAGGUCGAGAUUAUGUAUUGCUUCCACAAGCAGUUUGGAAUCGAUUUCAUUAGUGGUAUGGAGGUGGUCCAACAUUGGCGAGGAAAGCAAUCAGUUCAGGUCUCUCUCAGACGGAGUUGACUGUAGAGGUUUAUCCACUGCGUCUUCAACUACUUUUGAUGCCAAAAGGGGACCGCUCUUCCAUAAGAAUCAGCAAGAAGGAAACAAUUGGAGAACUCCAUCGAAGAGCCUGCUAUAUUUUUGAUCUUAACUCAGAACAAGUACGCAUUUGGGAUUACUAUGGUCAUCGGAAACAUGCCUUGAUGAAUGACAUGGACAAAACGCUUGAUGAUGCCAACAUACAGAUGGAUCAGGAUAUUCUGGUGGAGGUCCUCAACAAUGUUAAUGGUACUGCAUUGGUUGGUUGCAUGAGUUCUAUUCAGGAAAAUGGAUUUGCAGAGAAGAAAGCUACUUCUGUUCUUGUAGAGCCUUCUAAGUCAAGCUUAUCGAUUGCAGGAGGUUGGUCUGCGAGCAAAGGUGCUUCCAGAAGCCAUGGUACAGAGAUAUCACAAAGUGCGAACCUGACUUCUGCUAGAGAGUUGGAAAAUACAUAUGGGGUCAGUGGCGUCAGCACAAGGGGAGCUUCUGCUGGUCUUACUGGGUUGCUGAACCUUGGGAAUACUUGCUUUAUGAAUAGUGCAAUACAGUGCCUUGUUCAUACACCAGAGUUUGCAAGAUACUUUCGGGAAGAUUAUCGUCGGGAGAUAAAUUGGCAAAACCCAUUGGGCAUGGUUGGUGAACUAGCUGUAGCAUUUGGUGAGUUACUUCGAAAGCUAUGGGCACCAGGACGGACACCAGUUGCUCCUCGGCCAUUUAAAACAAAGUUGGCUCGUUUUGCACCUCAAUUUAGUGGAUAUAAUCAGCAUGAUUCUCAGGAGCUUUUAGCAUUUCUGUUAGACGGUCUUCAUGAAGAUCUGAACCGUGUCAAACACAAACCAUAUAUAAGGUCCAGAGAUGCAGAUGGUCGACCGGAUGAAGAAGUUGCUGAUGAAUAUUGGGCAAAUCACAUUGCACGCAAUGAUUCUAUAAUCGUUGAUGUUUGCCAAGGUCAAUACAAGUCAACUUUGGUUUGCCCUGUAUGUAAUAAAGUUUCAGUCACAUUUGAUCCUUUCAUGUACCUUUCCUUGCCACUCCAAGCUACUAUUACCCGUUCUAUGACAAUAACAGUUUUCACUUGUGAUGGAAGUGCACUGCCAUCUACUUUCACUAUUACUGUCCCAAAGCAGGGACGUUGCAGGGAUUUGAUCCAAGUGCUAAGCAACGUUUGUUCUUUGAAGCAAAGUGAGGAGCUUAAGCUUGCAGAGAUACGAAACCAUUCGAUACAAAGAUUUUUAGAAGACCCUUUAAUAUCAUUAUCCACAAUCAAAGAUGAUGACCGCCUUGCUGCCUUAAAGGUUCCAAAGUCCGUGAAGAAUGCAGUUUAUCUCCAGUUGGUACACCACCGCCAAGAACAGGAUUCUGCUGGUGCUCAAGCCACUUCACGAUGGAAACCAUAUGGAGUGCCUCUUGUCUCUUUCAUAUCACGUCAUGAUGUAAUUACAAGAGGCAAUAUACAGACAUUAGCUCACACAAUGCUUUCUCCUUUGCUUAAAAGAGAGAGUCUCAGGCAUACUGAAAUUUCUGAUCCUAGCACCUCAAUGGCAGUGGUAGAUCCAUCUAGUGCCAUUAGUUCUAGUGAUGCACGUUUUGAAUCUUCAUCCAAAAUAGUAAAGAAGGAUGUUAGUGGUUCUAAAGCAUUG